UGGGUUGCUUGCUUCUUCCCUUCCUCUUCUUUGACACCCGCCGUUCUUCUCUUCGAUCCAUCUCUUCUCCUCGUCAAUCUCCGCCUCCCUCAAUCAUCGUCUCUCCAUCUCCAUCUCCAUUACUCGACACCGCGACCACAUAUCCCCAUCCACCACCAUUCGCACCCAAGACGCUUCUACUUACUUAGUACAGUUUCAGUGACUGAGCUGCGCGACGUCCCUCAGGAACAACGCCAAAUUUGACAUUCUAAGUCAGCCCUGUGUUGGCGCACGACCUCGUGUGCUCUUUCCCGAGGCGCACCCCAUAACACCAAACAUCACCAGCUCCAUCAACUCACGACCACCCUUUCGCGCAUCCCCAAGAGGCUGCGGAGGGUGCGCAACAAUUUUGGUCUUGGUUGCAGAGAUUGUCCACGCUACAAUAGCUCCCGCGUCAGCCUCUCACCAUGUCAAUGUAUAAUCCUCACCGAGGUCUGGGGCCUGCUCCGGGCGCAGGAAAUACCCGUCUGAAUGAGCUGCUCGACAGCAUUCGUGUCGAGUUCGAGAAUCAAGCUCGUGCGAGCAAUGAUUAUGAACAUUCAAUGACACAACAAAUUAAUGAGAUGCAGAUGGUUCGUGAGAAGGUUUAUGCUAUGGAACAAACACACUUGGCGUUGAAGUCAAAAUAUGAUGAAGAAAUUCGAAGCCUCCACCGCGAACUCGAAUCCCGAGGAGGUAACCCGCGCCCAUCUGGCAUUGGUGGCCCUGCCCAGAAUGCUGCCUCGAGACCUCCGGAUAUUGGACAUGGCCCAAGCAAUCUGUUCGGGGGUAUAAUGGCAGGUCAAGGAGGGCAAGGAGCUCCCGGCCUUGCGCCACCCCCGCAACCAGAGCAGCAUGGUCCUCCUCAACACCAAAUGCCACAACCACCUCCUCCUCCUCCAAGUCUGCAAGGCCCUCCUCCACCACAACAGCCUUUCCAAGGUGGUGGAUAUCCAGGACCUGCACCAAAUGGUUAUUCUCAGCCCCCACAAUCAACGUCAUCACCCGGCCCAGGUAAAGGUCGCAUUCUCAAUCGCGGACCAGGUGGCCCAGCGACCCCUCAAUUGAACCAACCUAUCCCAUAUCCUGAUCCACGAGCUGGCGCAUCACCACAGGUUGGUCAUCCCGUACCCAAUCAGCACCCUCAAUUCAGAGUUGGAAAUGCUCUCGCUGAGUUGGAUCUUGAACGCCUGCCCGGACAUCAGAAGAAGGUGGAAGCAGAUUGGUUUGCCAUCUUCAACCCGGAAGUUCCUCGUGUGUUGGAUGUUGACUUGGUCCAUACUCUUCAACAUGAGAGCGUUGUUUGCUGCGUUCGCUUCAGCCACGAUGGAAAAUAUGUGGCGACAGGUUGCAACAGAUCUGCUCAAAUCUUCGAUGUUGUCACUGGACAGAAGAUUUGCAUCCUUCAAGAUGAAUCUGUUGAUUCUGUUGGAGAUCUCUACAUCAGAAGCGUUUGUUUCAGUCCUGAUGGAAGAUUCCUCGCUACCGGUGCUGAAGACAAGUUGAUCCGAGUUUGGGAUAUCGCAUCAAGAACUAUCCGAAACACCUUUGCCGGUCACGAGCAAGACAUUUACUCGUUAGACUUUGCUCGCGACGGCCGAACUAUCGCUUCCGGAAGUGGAGACCGCACUGUUCGUCUGUGGGACAUUGAGGCAGGUCAAAACGUCCUGACCUUGAGCAUCGAAGAUGGUGUCACCACUGUUGCUAUUUCACCCGAUACCAAGUUCGUUGCUGCUGGUUCUCUCGAUAAAAGUGUUCGUGUUUGGGAUGCCGUUACUGGUUAUCUUGUUGAACGCCUUGAAGGUCCAGAUGGGCACAAGGAUUCUGUCUACUCGGUCGCUUUCGCACCAAACGGCAAGGAUCUUGUUUCGGGAAGUUUGGACAAGACUAUUAAGAUGUGGGAACUUGUCGCACCAAGAGGUGGACAUCCCAGUAAUGCUCCCAAAGGUGGACGUUGCAUCAAAACCUUUGAAGGCCACAAGGACUUUGUUCUUUCCGUCGCCCUCACUCCCGAUGGAAACUGGGUCCUCUCCGGCUCCAAGGAUCGUGGUGUCCAAUUCUGGGAUCCAAGAACCGGCAAUACUCAACUCAUGUUGCAAGGUCACAAGAACAGCGUCAUUAGCGUGGCACCCAGCCCAAGCGGUGGUAGCUUCGCUACUGGUUCCGGCGACAUGAGAGCCCGCAUCUGGAGCUACAAGCCCUACCCAUGAAUCAACCUUCCGAAAUGAAUUAAAUAAGCAAUGACAGGCAAUGGCAAUACAUAUGUAUGCGACACAGGCGAAUGGCAAGGCGUAUUUCGGGGUGGCUGUGAAAGGAAGGUCUUCCGAGAUCGAUGGGAUGGGUCUCCUUUCUUUACUUAUCUGUAUUGAUUUGUUUGUGUUUUUUUGGUUGCGUUUUGCAGGGUGGUGAGAGAUGGUGUGGUGUGGAUAACGUGUUGCAAUAAAAAAUAAGUAGUGAGUUUUGAAUGGAAUAAGAUAUUGAUAUCAG